AUGGCAGCAGUUCCCGUCGUUAACUUCAGUAAUGGAAAGUCCAUGCCUUCGUUUGGUCUUGGGACUUGGAAGUCUCCGAAGGGCGAAGUAGCGGAAGCUGUCAAAGUAGCCAUCGCCUUUGGAUACCGCCAUAUUGACUGCGCAUGGGUCUAUGGCAAUGAAGAGGAAGUGGGCCAAGCCAUCAAUGCCAAGAUAGACGACGGGACCGUCAAGCGAGAAGAUUUGUUUAUUACCACAAAACUAUGGAAUACAUUCCAUCGGCCCGACCUUGUCGAAGCUGCAAUGAAGGAAUCUUUGCAGCGACUGGGACUUUCCUAUGUGGAUCUCUACCUAAUUCACUGGCCAGUUGGCUUCAAGGAAGACACUGGUGAAUCGUUCCCCAAAGAUGCUGAUGGCACGUUCUCGUUGUCAGAUGCUGACUACCUCGAUACCUGGAAGGAAAUGGAAUCACUUGUGGAGAAAGGUCUAACCAGGUCAAUUGGCGUCUCCAACUUCAACUCAGAACAAAUACAACGAAUACUACAAAUGGAAGGCUUGAAACAUGCUCCGGUGAACAACCAGGUCGAAAUCAGUCCCUACAUAACGAACGACAAGCUGAUAUCCUUCUGCCGAGAAAAAGGGAUCGUUGUCACUGCCUACUCGCCACUCGGAAGUGCUGACCACCCGCUGUUUAAAUCGGAUCCUACUUUCCGACGAGUGUUCGAUGAGCCUUCUCUUCAAGCAGUUGCCAAGAAAUACGGGAAGUCUGUAGCUCAGGUAGCCCUUCGGUGGGGGAUACAGAGGAAUACCGUUGUCAUCCCAAAAAGCGUGACGCCGUCAAGAAUCCAAGAAAAUUUCCAGAUUUUUGAUUUUCAACUGACACAAGAGGAAAUGGCCGUGGUAUCUGCACUAAACAGGAAUUUCCGAGCUUGUGCGUUUGACAGGAUAUCGCACGGCAAAUAUUAUCCGUUUUACGCUGAGUUUUGAAUCGUCAACUACAAAGAUGGCCACGACUUGACCAAGAAACCAUAGUAUGUAAGCUAUAAAGCCUACCAAA